GCACUGGCUUCGUCCUCUCACAUCGGGCCUCGAGCCCUUCUAAACGGGCGUCAAGUUGAUAAUUUUCUCUCCUACCAGUAGAGUAGCCUCAAAACCUCUAUCAUGCAUUCUUCCUGGUCACGAAUUGCCGUCGCAUUACUCGUGUUACUUAUUUCAUGCCUGACAACUAAAGCGCAAACGGCGGCAAUGUCAUCAUACUUCAUAAUCAACCAGCCUGGCGCAUCUUCGUCUUGGAAAAAUGGAUCUCCAUACCCCGUCAUGUGGACAAAGGGACUGCUGGAUGGAGUCAACUCUUUCGACGUCGAGAUUACACGUCUCAGUGAAGACGGGUUGUACUACGUGGCCAGGAAUGUGCCUGCAAAGCCUAACGUUCUUAACAUUCUACUGCAGGACGUCCCAGUAGGAGACGACUAUUUUGUGAUAUGCCUCAAUUCAACGGCCGGUAUCACUUAUGCCGUUUCCUCUCGAUUCUCAGUUGUGGCCUCCAAUUCUUCUGCUUCUCAGCCGAGUCCAUACGCUUCCGCACCUACGGUGACCGUUUCGGGUGCACCGAAUCCUGUGCAAGAGUUUCUUAGCACUCUGGGGCCUUCAAACGGGGGCGCAGCGCCUGGCUGGGCCAGCCUUAAAGGCUGGUCACCUCAGCUCAUGGGCAUGGGCAUCACUCUGGCAGCUGCCAUCCUUGGAGGAACGUUGACGAUUUGGUGAAAUGAGAAGCUAGAGAAUUUUUCCUGUCAUUCCUCUAAUUUUACGUUGUUAAUUGCUACUGAAUGGACUUUGGAGUUUGGCCAAUUUACAACUAAUUUAUGCUCUCAGGUUUUUAGAAUUUUACUGCUUCACGCUACUCUUGUUUCUUGUUUGUAACAUGACUAGCUUGGAUAUAUAACAUGGACAUUGUUCAAGAACUAUCCUACAUGCUAACCGACAUAAACCAUUGCAUACUGCAAGAUCAGUAUUCUUGUAUUAUGAGCUCGAUUACGAGAUACUGGGAAAAUCGGUUUGCGAUGUGAUCGGUGAUCGAUA